AUGCGGUGGACAACCCGCACCACUGCGCUGGAGCAUGUUCUUUUUGAACUCGAUGGUCAUGGUCAGUGGGUUAUCGAGCCCGCAAUGGUUCUUGGUCAACUCGUCACAUUUGGUCAGCAGUUCGGAGAGCCUGUCCCACUGGCCGUAGCAGUCAAACAGCACCGAUACAAUGCUCAGCGCCCCGAGGCAUUCUCCGGCAGGGAAGGUAUCGUUGGUGAGCAUGCACAGGAAACUAAACAGGGCGUUCGUCAAGUAAUAUUCCGUCUUGGAUUGGAAUCUGGCGUCUUUCUGGCCGGCACAAAUCAACCAGUACAGGCAGUACAUGACGAAAUCCGCGGACAGGCUGUUGUCGUUGAGUUGCCGGCUGUGGGUGUUGUUGCCGAACCGGUAGAUAUCGAUUUCAAAGUCGCUGGUCUCCUCGACGACAGCCGGUGUCGCCGACAGCACGGCGUUGGUAAAGUCAGCCGGCCACUGCUUGCUCGGGUCAUUGUUGUCCCACAGCUGGCACCAGCCGGAGGGAAUCGGCUCUCGCUGCGCACGCCAGAACGGGCCCAGGAUGUUUGGGAUGGCUGGCUGACUGCGGGCCCAGCCUGCCUGAUGCAUCGACGCAUGCUCACGGACGAUGCCCAGAUCGAAAGGCACUGCUUCAUGACCAUAUAUGGGCCCUGA